CCAAUGAGCUUUACAAGAAUCUGAUGGGCUUUUACGUAAACCAAUCAAAGGCGUGCCUGGAGGACGGGUCCCAUCCCCGGGCUCUCACUUGGCGGUAAGGAAUGACAGGCCCGAAGAAAAAUGCCAAUAUCCUAGAGGUCUUCCGCAAGUGACACUCAGCAGCACCAAUCGACUUUCUUUUACCGGCGACCGAUCCCUCCUCCCCACGGCGGGCCUGGCAGGGCGGUGACGCUGCGCGGCGGCGGCGGCUGAUGCGCUAGCUCUGUGGGGCUCUCCGGACGGCGACGGCGGCUUUCGUAGGCGGUUCCGGUCCUGUGUCUCCGGGCGGUGGCAGUUCAUGGCGGCGACGGAGCUGAGAGGAGUGGUGGGGUCGGGCCCGGCAGCCAUUGCAGCUCCGGGCGGCGGCGGCACCGGUCCCCCCUUAGUGGGAGGUGGAGGCGGCCGCGGAGACGCUGGGUCAGGCUCCGGGCCAGGCUCCGGGCCCGCGCCGGGCACUGUGGCCGCGGCGGCUGCGAGCGGCCCUGGCCCCGGGACUGGGGGAGUGGCGGCGGCGAGCCCAGCCUCAGCGCCGCCGACGGGGGGCUCUGGCGGCUCGGGCGCUGGGGGUUCAGGCUCGGCUCGAGAGGGCUGGCUCUUCAAAUGGACCAAUUAUAUCAAAGGCUACCAGCGGCGGUGGUUCGUGCUGAGCAACGGGCUCCUGAGCUACUACAGGUCAAAGGCAGAAAUGAGACACACCUGCCGUGGAACCAUUAACCUCGCCACAGCCAACAUCACUGUGGAGGACUCCUGCAACUUCAUGAUCUCCAAUGGGGGAGCUCAGACCUACCACCUGAAGGCCAGCUCGGAAGUGGAGCGCCAGCGCUGGGUGACGGCCCUGGAGCUGGCCAAGGCCAAGGCUGUGAAGAUGCUGGCAGAAUCAGAUGAGUCAGGAGAUGAAGAGUCUGUCUCACAAACUGACAAGACAGAGCUGCAGAAUACCCUGCGGACCCUGACCAGCAAAGUGGAGGACCUGAGCACGUGCAACGACCUGAUAGCCAAGCACGGCACGGCGUUGCAGCGCUCCCUCAGUGAGCUGGAGUCCCUGAGGUUGCCCGCCGAGAGCAACGAGAAGAUCAAGCAGGUCAACGAGCGGGCCACUCUCUUUAGGAUCACAUCCAAUGCCAUGAUCAAUGCCUGCAGAGAUUUCCUUACGUUAGCCCAGACCCACAGUAAAAAGUGGCAGAAGUCACUGCAGUAUGAGAGAGACCAGCGUAUCCGGCUGGAGGAGACCCUGGAGCAGCUGGCCAAACAGCAUAAUCACCUGGAGCGGGCCUUCCGAGGAGCCACGGUGCUGCCGGCGAACACUCCUGACAGUGUAGGUUCCAGUAAAGAUCGGUGCUGCUCUGGCAAAGGAGACAUGAGUGAUGAGGAUGAUGAGAAUGAAUUUUUUGAUGCGCCUGAGAUCAUCGCCACGCCUGUGAAUUUGGGCCACAAACGAACUGACAGCAACAUCAGUGGAGCCAGCAGUGACAUCAGCCUUGAUGAACAGUACAAGUAUCAGCUGGAAGAGACCAAGAAGGUCAAGAGAACUCACAUACCACAGAAGCCAAACUAUAGCCUCAAUUUGUGGAGCAUCAUGAAGAACUGCAUCGGGAAAGAACUCUCGAAGAUCCCCAUGCCGGUGAACUUUAAUGAGCCCUUAUCCAUGCUUCAGCGCCUUACUGAAGAUCUGGAAUACCAUGAGCUAUUAGACCAAGCUGCAAAAUGUAAGAACUCUCUAGAACAGCUCUGUUAUGUUGCAGCUUUCACCGUGUCCUCCUACUCCACUACUGUCUUCCGUACCAGCAAGCCAUUCAACCCACUCCUUGGGGAGACCUUCGAGCUGGAUCGAAUAGAGGAGAAUGGGUACCGAUCCCUCUGUGAGCAGGUGAGUCAUCAUCCCCCCGCUGCUGCACACCAUGCCGAGUCCGUAAACGGCUGGACGCUGCGUCAGGAAAUCAAAAUCACCAGCAAGUUUCGAGGCAAAUACCUCUCCAUUAUGCCCCUAGGCAGCAUCCACUGUAUUUUCAAAGACAGCGAGCACCACUACACUUGGAAGAAGGUGACCACAACCGUGCACAACAUCAUCGUGGGCAAGCUGUGGAUAGACCAGUCUGGUGAAAUUGAUAUUAUAAAUCACAAGACGGGAGACAGUUGCAAACUUAAAUUUGUUCCUUAUAGCUACUUUUCUCGGGAUAUAGCAAGAAAGGUGACCGGGGAAGUGAAAGAUGAAUCAGGAAAAGUUCACUUUGUCCUGCUGGGGACGUGGGAUGAGAAAAUGGACUGUUUCAAAGUACAGCCAGCGACUGGGGACAAUGGGGGUGAUGCUCGACAGAGAGGCCACGAAGCAGAGGAGAGCAGGGUCACGCUGUGGCAGCGGAAUCCUUUACCGAAGAACGCAGAAAACAUGUACUACUUCUCAGAGCUGGCUCUGACUCUCAACGCCGAGGAAGCUGGCACUGCUCCCACAGACAGCCGGUUACGGCCCGACCAGAGACUCAUGGAAGAAGGGAAGUGGGAUGAAGCAAAUGCUGAGAAGCAGCGCCUGGAGGAAAAGCAAAGGCUUUCCAGAAGGAAGAGAGAAGCAGAAUCUAUGAAAGGCAUGGCCAAAGAGGAUGGCACACCCUGCGAUCCCUAUAAGGCACUGUGGUUUGAGCCGAAGGAAGACCCUGUUACCAAGGAGUUAACCCAUAUUUAUAGGGGAGGAUACUGGGAGUCUAAAGAAAAGCAGGACUGGAGCUUAUGCCCAAACAUUUUCUGAACCAACAGCGAGGAAAAGGAGGAGGAGGAGCCAAAGGCCAAGGGGACAGAAGAUGCCCCGGAAAGCUGGGAUUCCCUUCCAGAGGGCUUUCCUCAAGUUUGUCUGUCUUAACCAAUCAUUUUUUCCAAAUCAAUCACCAGAAGCAGACACCAGUGGUGGUGAUUGGCUGGUUGCCUUAGCUGAUUGAAACUGAAAUCAACAUACUAGAUGCCUGUGUUUGUAAGGGAGAGGUUUAGUGGCUGAAAGGUAGUGUUCCACUUCUGUAGAGGCAAAUAUUCUUGGCUCUUCCUUCCCCCUCGGCCCCCACUCAAGACGGUGUCGUCCAGCCUCCCCUCGUAGUGUCCUGCUCAGCCAAGACCUGCGCACGACUAUGAUCCGGGGCAUUCGGUGCCGUUCAGAGUAAGAGCUGGUUUUGGAAGUUCCCUUAGAAAGAAACAUCUAAGACUUACCAGCAGCGGCAUCGUGCAGGAUUGCAGUGGAGCGCGGGGUGGACCUUAUGAGACGCGCUCACCAGUGGGGCCCGUGGCAUGGUGUGUCCGUGUGUGGAUGACCGCGGCUUGGGACACUCAGCAGGAGAACUCUUCUGUAAGGUCGGAACCCUGGGUCACGUUCUUGGGCGUUUCUGUCUCCACCCACGUAAAACACCAUUCUGCUGCUCUCCAGCUCCUUGGACAGCACCCGAGGCCGCCUCGGGGGUUGGUAGGAGGGCUGCAGCAUCCUCACAAAGGGGCUUCGUGGACUCGCUCCGGCAGAGAACUCCUGAGAACACAGGCAGGAUGGAGAAAGACUGCCGGCCACCUUUGCGUUCCGACUUCCUCCUCACUCCCGUCCUUCACUUCCUUUCACACUUCGCUUCUCUCUCUCCCCGCACGGUACCAGUUUGGGUCUCUGCCCCAGCGUGGAGCAGGGCACGUCCUGUCCCAUUCUGAUCUCCGGCAGACUUUGAGAGAAGCGGUUCAUCUGGAAUGAAAGUUGUCACCAUCUCUCAAGCCCCAUGGACUGGAGCCACCUAUGGAAUAAUGUAUUAAAAAUCUGUAUAUUAUACAUAUGUAGAGAAAAAUCUAAUUUUUGUUUGAUUUUCCUUCUUCCUUUUAAGAACCUUGUUUUUU